CUGGACUCGAACUACUUUUAUUUUUCUCUUUUUUAUUUCUCAGCUAAAAUAUUCCAAUUACAUAUUGAACAAAAAAUAAUGCAUGCAAAACCACACAAGAUUUUGUGCCCAGUGGCCGUCUGUGUUUUAUACGUGUCUGUGGCAGCGGCAGAUCUGCUCAAUGAUAUUGUGAGCAACGUGAACAACGCGCUGCGUCCAAUGCAGUCUCUCGCUGGUGAUGUUAUUAAAAACAUUAAUUCCCGCGUUGUAUCGGACCUAGUUCCGGAAUUGGUCAGUGCUGCCGAGCAAGGAGGAAAUCUAGCAAUCGGCGCGAUAUCAAAUAUAGCUAACAGUGGAGAUACGGCCCAUAGCAAAAAAAUUGAAAACAACUCCGAAAGCGUCAAUAGCGGCGGCAGCAGCAGCAGAAACAUACUUUGGGGCUCGGCAAAAUUUGUAACUGCAGCCGGUACUGUUGCCUGUAUAUGCUUGACUGCGUAUAUUUAAACUCCGAAGAGCUUCCUAUAUUGUCUAAAAUAUUUAUUACAUGAGAAAUUUAUGCUUUAUUCUUUAUUCAAUAUUUCAUUCUGCAGGAGUGGCAGACAGGCUUGCUGACGCCAUGAUCAAUAAAGUUAUUUACAUUCA